UGCCUCUCCUCCUAGACGUUUCCUCUGCAGCUGAACAGACUGGCAGGCAGCCUGUGAUGGGGCCCUGCUCAGAAGACCCCCACCUCUGCUGGGCCUCCUGGCUCCUGGGAUUCACCAGCCUCCUCCUCAGCAUCUGCAGCACUGGGACCAAGAGUUCCGGAGCCCGUGGUCCUGGAGUACAGGAUUCUGGAGCCCAUGUUUCUAUGCAAGGGAUCCGAGGAGGUUCUGUGUUGUUUCACGUGAUCAAGGAUCCAGGAGCUGACCCUAAGGAGAUCUUCUGGGGUUUUGGCCCUGAGUCAAAUUACAGAGUCCUGCUGCAAGUCCAUCCUGGGGCAGAGGCUCCAACCUGGGUCAGCCUCCAGGACAAGUACCAGCAGAGGGUCCAUGUGCCCAACAUGACGUCCCUGAGGAUUGAGAACCUGACCUCUGAGGACAGUGGGCAGUACCGGGCUCGAGCCAGGUUUCCUGCAGGAAUAGAACUCACCCAGGUUUUCUACCUCACUGUUUAUGAACCUACACCCCUUCCUCAGAUCCUGGUUGAAUCACCAUCCGUCACACCGGGCUGGUGCAAUGUCACCCUGGGGUGCAGGGCCUCGGGGGCCACACAGGACCUGAACGUGACCUGGGAGAGCGAGGGCCUCCCCAGGGAGCUGGAGUGGAGAGGGACACCGGGACCAGCCCCCAACUCCUGGACCCUGACUGUGAACCUGUCCCUGAGCCAGCCCAGCGCCAGACUCACCUGCGUGCUCAGCAACCAGGUGGACCAGAAAACUGCCACCUUAGACCUCGGGGAAGCCUGUGCCCAUGGUUCACGUGAACAGGCCAGUACUGAUGCCCUGCCAGGCAUCCUAGGGGCUGUCGUGGCUGUGCUGUUGACCCUCGGAGGUGGACUGUACCUUUGGAAGACACAUGAGAAGAAGAAGAAGAUGGAGACUAGAAGAGGUACAGAAUUGCAGGAGGACCAAAGGGACAAUGAUGGUAGCAUCGAGUAUGCAGAGCUGAGCCAGCAGGAGCCUCAAGAGGGCACGAACAAGGACACUAACAGCUAUCAAUGAGGCCUCCACCGGUGGGAGACAUGGAAUGAGGGAUCUUGUACUCUGGUUCAAAUGAGAUAUUUCAAGAGAAGAUGCUUCUUCCUCUUUGGUGUUAUGAGAAUUCCUUCCUCUUAUACAAGGUAUAUUGUAUAUUUCAGCACCCGCAUCCUCAAACCAGCCCCCCUUCACAUUAUUAUCCAAAACGUCAUUCAAUGAGUUUUACAUAAGUUUCUCAUUCAGACCUUCAUCAAUUCUGUGAGGCAGAAAUCCCCAUUGUACAGAUGGAAAAAUAAAAUCCAGAGAUGUAAAGUACCUUACACAGUUUCUCCCGAGUGUAGGUGGUGGAGGCAUGAUUUGGAUCCAUGGGGAUCAUCAUUUUACUUAUUUUGACUCCUUCUCCUCCCUCAUCCCAGACAUCUAACCAGUUACCAUCUUCCAUUGGGUUACCCUUCAUAAAGCUUCUUGUACACCAUCCUCCUCUCAUUCUUUCAUUCCUAUCUUCCACCUGCAGUUGUGCCAUUUUUACAUUUUCACCAGCAACGUACAUCAUCUCCUACUCUUGUUAUUUUUUUAUUGUAGCCAUCCUAGUGUGUGUGACAUAGUAUCUCACUGAGGAUUUGAAUUGUGUUUCCCUAAGAUCAAUGAUGUUGGACAUCUUUUCAUGUGGACUGACCAUUUGUAUACCUUAUUUGGAUUAAUCCAUUUCUCUCUCUAACUCUCUCUCACCAUGCUUUGCCACCACCAUACCAAUAGAACUGCUCUUGUUCAGGUCACCAGGGAAGUCCACAUUGUUAAAUCCAAUGGACAUUCUCAGCUUCAUCUCCCUUGAAUCUCAACAGCAAUGGACCUGUCCUUACUUGAAUCACUGCUUCACUUUGCAUUCACCAGCCACCAUUCUUUUCCUCCCACUCACUGGCAGCUCCCUAGUUGCCUCCACUAGUUUCUUCCUCAUCUUUCCAAUCUCUAAAUUCUGAAAUAUCCCAGGGUUCAGACCCAGAUCACCUCUUCUCACUCUCUACACAUUCUUUUUCUGGUGUUAUGACCACAUACUAAUCCCCAGAACCUGUGACUGUAUGAUCUUAAAUGGCAGAAGUAUCUUACAGAUGUGAUCAAGGUUAAGGUCCUUGAGAUUGGGGGGUUAUCCCCACUUAUCUGAUUGGCCCAAUUUAAUCACAUGAGUCUGCAAAAGUGGAAGAAGAGGCAUAAGGGUGGGUCAGAGAGAUAAGAGUUAAGGACUUGACAUACCAUUGCUGGCUUUGAAGAAGAUGUAAGGGGGCGACAAGCCAACGACAUGUGGUUGCCUCUAGAAGCUAGGAAAGGCCCACAGUUUAUAACUAGCAAGAAAAUGAGGAUUCAGUCUUACAACGGCAAAGAACUGAAUUCAGGCAACAACCAGAAUGAACAGAAAAUGGAUUCUCCCCUACAGCCUCUAGAAAGAAUCAUAGCCUGAGGACACCUUGAUUUUAUACCAGAUUUCUGAUCUUCAGAACCACGAGAUAAAUUUGUAUUGUGUUAGCCACUAUGUUUGUGGUGAUUUCUUAUGGCAGCAAUAGAAAAUUGUUACAGAUAUUGUACCAUCUCGUUGUUUUAAAUACAUUGGCUACUCCAAAGUUUCUAGCCUGGAUCCCUCCUCUGGACUCCACAGAGUAGAUAUCCAGCUCCUUACGUGACAUUUCCACUCAGAUGCAUAAUAGGCUUCCCCAGCUUGACACGUCUAAGUUUGAACUCCUUAUUAUGCUUCCCGUACAAUCUUCCAGUCCCAAGAGAUGUCACCUCUGCCCUUUCAUUUAUUUCGGCCAUAUAACUUUGCUAUCAUCCUUGACUUCAUUCAUUUUCUCAUACCCCAUAUUCUAUCAGCAAAUACUGAUAUAAAUAAAAUAAGUAUAUUAAUGUAUUUAUUUAUUUAUAAUAUAGCUACCUCUCACUACCCACCUGAUCCAAUAUGACCAUCAUUUUUCACUUGGACUACUGCAGUAUCCUCACAGUCUCCCUGUUUCUGUAUCUAGCCCCUUAAAGUCUUCUCAAAAUAGCAUCCAGAGUAAUCCUUUCAAAAUGUAAGUUACAUCACGUCAUCUUUAGUUCAGAUCUCCACCACUACAUCCCAUCUCACUUUGAGCAAAAGCCAAAAUACUUCCCAGGGCCUGCAAAGUCCUCUUCUCCCAUGCUCCCCUCCUUACUUUGUCUGUCUAGGACACUCAGCUUUUCCCUAUUCCUUCAACACACAAGGCGUGCUCCUGCCUCAAAGCCUUGCUUCCACCUGGAAUCCUCUUCCUACGGGUACUUAUAUGUCUCCUUCCCUCACCUUCUUCAGGUCUUUGCACAAAUGUUAUCUUCUCAAGGAGGUCAGCCCUGACACCCCUAUUUAAAACUGCAGCCUCCUCCUGGAACCCUCCUUUCUCCUCCCUGCUCUAUUUUCUCCACAGCACUUACACAGGGAUAUGGGACAGGGUGCAUUUAAUCUGGGCUGUUCUUUAAAGAUAGUGUGGAAAAAGAGCCUCAGAGAAAAAGCUGCAAAUCUUAGCACAUAGAAGCCAUUAUUAUUCCUAGGAAGCUGCAACACAGGUAAGUUAAUGAACUUGCCCAAGGUCAUAUAUCUAAUUAGUGACAGAGCUGGGAUUCAAACCUGGGAGUCAGAUUCUAAAGUACCUGCUCUUGACCCCUCCAUUACACUGGUUAAAUAAAUUGUAGUCUACACACAUGGUGAAAUAUUAUUUAGGUAAUAGAAAGGAUAGGGACAUCCUUUGUGGUGCAGUGGUUGAGAAUCCACCUGCCAACUCAGGGGACAUGGGUUCAAUCCCUGGUCCAGGAAGAUCCCACAUGCCACAGAGCAACUAAGCCCAUGUGCCACAACUACUAAGCCUGUGCACUAGAGCCCCACAAGCCACAACUACUGAGCCAACAUCCCACAACUACUGAAGCCCGUAUGCCCUAGAGACUGUGCUCCACAACAAGAGAAGCCAGCACAACGAGAAGCCCUCUCACCACAACCAAGAGUAGCCCCCACUAGCCACAACUAGAGAAAGCCUGUGUGCAGCAACAAAGACCCAACACAGCCAAAAAUAAAUAAAGAAUAAUAAUAACAAUAAAUAAAAUAAAUAAAAAGGAUAAAGAACAACUUCAUGUAUUUCAAUGGAAAGAUGUCCAUAAAAUAUUGUGCUAUAGGACAGUGCAUAUUAGAUUAUCCUAGUAUUAUAAACGUAGAUUCACAUAUGUUUAUAUGGGCCUGAAGGAAGUGUAAAAGUUGAUGACAUGUGAAGCACUUAACAGUGGUUAUCUUCUGGGGUGUGUCUCUUUCUGUAUCAUCACAUUUUCUAUAAAAUUUAUCAGAAGAAAAGAUCAUCUAUAUAAAUUUUUUAGUGUGGCAGUGACAUGACCAGAGCUGAUCUUUGGAAUUAUUAAGGCACAUCCGUGCAAACAGGAAGUUUCUCAUCAUGGAAACCAGUUGUUAUGAACUGAGUUGUGUCCCCUCAAAAUUCAUAUGCUGAAGCCCUAAUCCCCUAAACUGUACCUUGAGAUAUGGUCUUUAUGGAAGUAGCUAAGGUUCAAUGAGGUCAGAGGAUGCGGCACUAAUUUGAUAGGACUGAUAUUCUUAUGA